CUCCGUACCGUUAUGCUCACCAACCUCCCACUUGAAACGGCACUCAGAGAUGUGUUGGCGAGAGUUAGAGGUGGUGAGGUGCUAAGUGCGAGUUUGUUUGACACUCGAAGUAUCACAUCCUCUCUAUCAGCGAGAAUCGUGUUCCGUCAGAAAGUCGCUGCUGAGGAAUACGUUCUUUACUGCAGCCAACAUCCUCUCGCUUUCCCCUCCAGCUCCACUUCCGAAUCCGACUCCUCCACCUUGACUCCCGCAACCGUAACGAUCCUUUCAACGCCAACAUACCCUUUGAAUCCCCGGAUCCUCGGCCGCCUCAUCUUCCACGCGCAAACUCGUUGCCUCUCCCUCCCCUCCUUCCCACCCUCAUCCUCUCUAAAUGAGUUAGAGAGACAACUGAGUGCUGGGAAUGGCAGGAGAGCAGAUAUGUUGGUCGAGAUGUGGAUCGAUGAAGACGGCACUCUACACUUACACUUCUCAGACGUGCUUUCGGCGGACGCUGCGUAUAGGAUCCUUACACGUGUUCCCGCGUACCGUGGUCUCGAGGUCUUGUUUUCGGAUGAUCCUUGCGCUGGUCCCGUUGAAGAACUCAGUCUUCCAGUCGAGCCGAGACCGCCGGUGCUGCCUAAGAACUGGGCGGGGCUUCAGAAGCGUGCUAUGGGUGGAUGUGCAAAUGGAGAUGGAGAUGAGGUUGUGAAGGGAGGGGAAGGUGGGGAGCGGAAGAGACUUGCUGCUCUCUCGAAUCAGAAAGUCGAGAUCCCGAGUUUUAGCGGCCGGGGGUUGCAGGGGGACAGCUGGGCGGAUGAGGUUCUUGAGGAGCUGGAGGGGGAGUGUCCUGCUUCGGAUUUACUUCAAACGACGACUUCUCGUGUUGAAAUGGAAGUUGAGAUUGGGGGCAAGGAAGGGGCUGGAGUCGCGGCACCGCCGAACUCACCUACGCAUGGUUUUGCAGAGAUGGAGAAUGGCGUAGUUAAUGGAGAAGGAGAGUGCGACAUUAACGCGAUAUUGGUUCGGAAUGUCAACGAAAUGAUGCUCCAGGGUGGCGAGGCGUGGUGGAAAGACGAAGGCCUCACCAAAGCCCCUGUGGGAUUGGCGGGCAGCAAGUAUGCGCCUCGUGUUCCUUCUUUCGAGGAUGUUGGCGAGAGACAGAGAUCUGGACGUCACGACAGCCAGAAUUCCAACCCUCUAGCCUCUGCCGAACAUGACCUUGUCAACAAAACCGAAACCACGACGGCCGGGGCUACCAACGCGGUAUGCGAAAAUGGCAAUGCUCAGUCGGAGGAAGACAACGAUUCCUACUCCACCUUCUCAAGCAAAGAAAUCGCAAACCACCGCGUCCAACUCCCUCCCUCGCAAACUCUUGUCUCGUUGUUACCAACAAAUCACAAUCUCAACCCCAAGAAACUCAAUAAAUCACCACCGAAAGUCAGCUUGCACGAUCUACUUGCUUCCUCGCCAUCAGCCUCGCCUCCCUCUUCGAACCCCUCAUCCCCACCUUCGAAUCCUCACCACCACCGCAAGAAUAAGAACCUGUACGAGGAAGCAAAUGAGAUGGGUGGGGUAGCCAGAAUGCCGCGCGGUCCAGAAGGCGGUAAAGCUGGAUUCGGAGGGCUGGGGGCCGGAAAGGGGAUCAAUGGGUAUGAUAGCGAGGAAGCGGAGACGGAUGAGCUGAACCUUCGGAUUCCAAGCGAGAAGUUGAGACUCGAUGCUCUUGAUUCACUCUCGCCGGUUUCUGAGGUGCUUAAUCCGGAUGAGAUUUCGCUUUCUCUUUCUGAUGCUGAGGACUCUGAAGACGAGAAGUUCGAGUUGGAGAAACAAGCACGAGUCGAGCAGAUGGUUGCCUGGGAGUUGGUGAGCGCUUGACUAGCGGGUCUCGCUGCGCUUCUUCUUUUCGCGGUUUUGAUAAGAUUGCUGAGAAUUUGAGAUUUGCCAUCAUAUCAUCGAGCUUGCAUGCACGCUCCUCGUUUUCGGAUUUAUGCGGGAGGGGAGGGGAAGGACGGAAGUAAGGGAGGGUGGAUGGUGGGGAACCAGGACUUUUAUGUUUUUCAUUUCAUUUACUUUAUUUCGAUUUAGCAAGCAAAUAGCACACAAGGAAAAGGGGAAAGGCACGCACGGGAAGGGGUAACCAGGGCUUUUACCAGGCAAAGAAGCGAAUAUUAUGAGAUCAGAUCAUGGGCAUGCUGGGAUAUGAGCGCUGAUUUUGUUUCUUUGCAUUUUCAUGAAAAUUACUUUAGAUGGAGAGAGAUUUAUGGCUUGAG